GGAAGAUUGAAAAAGUUGAGGGCUUUACGAGAUAAUCUGACUGUUUUAUGAUUUGAGUUUGUGUCUGUGUGUGUUUUUGUGUUGUGUCUGUGUGUGUGUGGCCAAUGUUGGAUUUUCGAGACGGUUUGUAGGCGGACAAGAGUUAAGUGUUUGGUGUUGUUAUUGAGAAUGGGAGAAAGUUAUGAACUUGAAGAAGGAGAGUUGAAUUGUUCUGCCAUUGAUGAUCUUUAUGAUUUCUCCUACAUUGAGAAGAAGUUACAGAAUCUACUAGGCCACUUUCAAAGACCCUUGAAUAUGUUUGGUCCAAAAGUCUAUGACUACGGAUCAUUUUUGCCCACAUACAAGCGUUCGCCUGCGGUGCUACCAUGUCAAAGGAGUUCCAUGGGGAAUAAUGCCGUGCAAAAAGUUCCAAACAACUUACCCGUGAAGAAUGUUGUUCAGAAGUUUCAGUCACUACCUGCUGCAUCUUGUAAACCAGCAAGUAUUCAGGAAUCUCAGACAAAUCAAACUUCAGGAUCCCUUUUGCCUCAAGCUCCUGGAAAGGUUACUGUAAAGAAAGAAGACGCAAAAAUACCAGGCAAUGGUUUGUCUGAUCAUAAGCCGAUUAGAGUUCGGAUCAAAAUGGGUUCUAAAAUCUUGUCUCAAAAGAUCACGAUGGUUUGCAAUGAUCUUGGUCUCGAUGAUUCUCCAAAUUCACCAACCCUAAACAGCAGUAGCAGAAUGGUUCCACAUACACCUCAGGAGAAGACAAGUGAAUCUCCGUCCCGUAUUCUUCAGGAAAUGACUUCCAUGCCUGUCUCAGAGGAUCUACUUAUGUCCCCUCUUCCUAAUAGUCUGCUUAUUUUAAAGAAUAAGGAGAAGCCAUGUACAUUAUUAGGCAAUGAACCAGUUACUAAGGCAAGGAAGGUUCCUUUGAUUCAGACACAGGAAAAGUUUUCUGGUGUUUUAAGCUGUGGGGAAAGUCCAAGUGGAAGGAAAAGGAAAGGGGUUAACUGCUUUAAUACUUCGUUAACUGGUGAGGUGAAGAAGCAAAAAGUUUCUUCCACUGGUCCCUUAGUCAGGGAGAGCUCAACUUCUGGUGUAGGUGGGAUUAAUUCUACUAGUGAUGGGUUUACAACAAAAAGUAACUUGCAGAAAGGUAUUAAAAAGGAUGUGGAAGGUGAUCGUAGAGUCGCAUUUGCUAAGCCAAACAAAAUGAAGGUUGUUGGGAAACAUGCUGAGAAGGAGAGAAAGACAUAUCCAAUAAAGUUGAAACAGAACAGUAGCAAAAGUGAUAAAGUUUUAUCAAAGGAUACUGGAAAUAUCAUUCAAGAUAGCAUGGGCAUUGCGCUUGCACCUUCCUCCACUAGUCUUGAGAAAGAUAGUUGGGCCCAAUGUGAUAGCUGUCUGACAUGGCGGCUACUACCAUUCGUCGCGGAACCUGAUGAUCUGCCUGACAAGUGGGUGUGUAGCAUGCAAACCUGGCUGCCUAGGAUGAAUCAUUGUAAAGUCAGCGAGGAAGAGACAACAAACGCUGUUAUAUCCCUUCUUGCUACUGGAGCACACGGUGCUGGGACUAUUAAUGCUGAGAAAAACUACCAAUCUUUAACCGCUGGUUGUUUGCCUAACGUAAUUGAGAAAAAGCCUAUCCUAAAAGAUUCAUCGCAAAGAGUUACAAGCAAUAUCCUGGUUGAUGCUGCAAAGCCUACGAGAAGUACCUCACACGUGCUUAAAAUAAAAAACAUAAAGCUGCCGCUAAAAACUCAUAACGCUGCGCCGUUAUCCACAGACUUUGGUGUGUCACAAAAGUUUACUCAGGAUAAGAUUGAUCAGAAAGCAAAGGGGCGAUCAGGUACUGGUGUUCAGAUAAAGAUCAAGAAGGAAAAAGAGGGUGACAAUCAAGAAAGUGAACGCUCCAAGCAAAUCAAGACUGGUUAUGGCAACAAACUCUCCAGAGAUGUAAAAGCAGAAGAAAUACAUUGUAAACAAGAUCUGGAUUGUGCUCCAGCAGAGAGGAAAACAAAGCGUCAUGACGAUGACAUUUACACUUCGGAUGUAGAGCGAGCCACAAAGAAAAGAUUAAUCGCACCGAAAAAGAAACCUGACCACCAAACUCAACCAAAAACUGGUAGUGGCUCCUUACGCAUAAAAGCUCACGGCAUUAUCAACAGUCCUGUGAGAAUCAGGAACCAGCCAGAACAAGAAGUACGUAAACAGGGAACAAACUUUGGUGAUUUGCCUUGCACAAGUAUGAAAACAGUUCCCGAAAAUAGAGCUGGGAUUAAGAAUGUCAAUGUCAUUACUCACGAGACUAUGGAUAGAUCCCCCCAGGCUGCGAAUGAUAUACUUCAAGAGGCUGAAAAGAAGAAAAAGCUUGCUGAUUGUUUAAAGGUCGCUAAAUAUGACGAUAAAGCCAAUAAGGCCAACUUCAACGCAGCUCUCAAGUUUCUACUUGGAGCUUCACUUCUGGAAAUGUCCAGUACCGAGAAAGUGGAAGAGGGGAGGAUGAGCCACGUUGAAGCGUACCAUACUGCUGCAAAACUUUCAGAAAGCUGUGCCCAUCGAUAUGAAACAAACAAAGAAAUGUAUGCAGCCGCUUUGGCCUACAAAUGCAUGGAAGUGGCUUGCAUGAGGGUGGUGUAUUGCAAAAGUCCAGGUCUGAGUGGAGAAUGGAAUGAAUUGCAGAAAAUGGUACAGAUGACUCCUCAAGGUGAAUCACCCUCAUCAUCUGCAUCUGAUGUCGAUAGCUUUUAUCAUCAAGGAGUGAUUGAUAAGUCUGCUAAAACGAAAAGAGGUCUUUCCCAUGUUGUUGGAAGCAUUCUCCCUGUCCCUAGAAACCAUCAAAAUUUUGUCCCGCUACUGGAAUUUACAGAGAUUAUGAAUCUGGCAAUGGAAGCAUCAGCAAAAUCCCAACAAGCUUUUGGAGCAGCAACCUCUGAAGAAACGCAGCAGCACAAAGACUGUGUCUCUGCAAUCAAGAAAGUAGUCGAUUUUAGUUUCCAUGAUGUGGAAGCGCUUAUUCAGAUGAUUAAGGUCGCCAAGCGUGCUCUGAGUUCAUCGAAAGUCCGUGGCCCAAAGUGUUGACUCUAUUUUGUACAUAGGCUCUGGUCCUAUAAAGAAUAGAAUUAGUGUUUUUUUAAGAA